UCUGUGUGUUGAGUCACGAAGAGAAGAGGAAGUGACGGAUCAUCUAGCAACAAUAUAAAUAGGGAUCCAUAAACCUCCUAGAUUCCUUUACAAAAUCAAUCCUUACUCUAUCAAAGAUAAAAAAACCUCUUCCUUUUACAAUGGCAGUCAUCGAACUUAUUUUCCCAAGCAUCAAAACCGAUCCGGCUUCGCUUGAAGAGAUCGAACGAGACUGGCCGGUCAUCAGUAAAAUAUUACUCGACCCUAACCCCGGCUUGCUCCACGCAUACCGCGGAUGGAUUUUGACAGAAGAUGGGCAGGAUGUGAGAGAAGCCUACAAAGAGUUUCUUCUUUUUGAAUGGAACAAGGCUGAUUCUUUCCAUGCUUUUCUUGGUUCUGAGCAAUUUGCUGCUUUCGCUGGCUCGAUCAGACAUUUGGUGACUGGGCCAGCCACGCUGCAACUCUUUGAAACAAAUUGCUCCCCGAGAGAAAUGGCCUCGGCGCCUGUGGUUGAAAUUAUCCGGGUGGGCAUCUUCAAUUCUGAGAAUAUCGAGGCCUCUCUGCAGACUUGGGGGAAGAUAUCGCACUCCCUGUCUGGCAAAGCCUCUGUCACGUAUGGCAAGUGUUUGAACCUAGAGAGAGAUAUCGUAAUGGGCAUUAUAGGAUGGCCGAGCUUGAAGGACCGCUCUGAACUGUCCCGAGAAGGAGAUUUUAUGGAAGCUUUGGACUCUUUCAAGUUGCUAGGGAAAGUGUCGCAUAUCACUGUUGAUAUUGAUCCAAUGGAGCUGGGAACGCUGUAGGGCAUGUUACUAGUUUGAAAUCCAGUUUCCUUGUGAUAUAGGAUAUGAAUAAAUGAGGAGGAUUAUAGGCCAGUAGUCAUAUCUUAAAUACAAUUUAAGUACUUUCGUGGGUGUGCUUAUAAUUGCCUCUCAGCUGGAAAUUUCAUAUUGUAUGAAAGAAAACAUCAUUAUUAUAAUUUAGCUUUAGUCUUUUCAAGCUAUUCAAGGUGCCACGAAAAAUCAAAUACAUUCACAUCCAAACGUGGCCCACUUCUCUGCCC